GUUUUGUGUUCUAUAGAACCGUUGUGAAAGUCGAAGGAACCAUCAGAAUCGCCAAGAACGCUAGCCGUGGUGUCGUGUCGUCAGUUGGCAGCUAGAAAGCCAUCAGUUGGUUCCGCGAGGUACAAGAACUUUCUUCGGGUAGUGGUUCAAUCGCGGCUGGUGUAAUGCAGGUCUAGAAUGUAUCUUUCGCGGUCAGAAUCUGUCGUGUAUCUUCAAUCUGAUUGUUAUCAUAAUAGUGACUAGGCACGGUUAAGAUUUUACAAUUACCACUGUUAUUGAGGUUCAGUGAAGCGCACUCUUUUCAAUCAUCUCAAGCCGAUCGAAUGUUUCUGGUCGAAAAGAUAAACAGAAAAACUGACCUUUGCGACCGUAAACAGAAAAUAGCCAAGUGGAAUAUCCAGCACAAUGAUAAAUCCUCAAAGCAAAUCGCCUCCGAAAUAACAAAACACUCCACACAAGGAUUACGGAUUACGACAAACCGAAUUCACAUCGGAAAUUCUUCAUCUUAAUCCAGGACAACUUCAGCAAUUUUUCCAGUUCCAUUUCUCUCCCUGCAGUUUUUCGCUUUUUCAUGGCCUGAGGUCCUUUUGCGGAGCAUUUUAAUUGUGCGAGUGCGAUAAUCCGGGAUUUUCGUCAACAGUGAAUGUGUCUCGGGAAUUGAAUUUAUUGUCGGUUUGUUGUUUUAUCUGAAUGUGUGCUCUCCAACUCCAGGAAAGUGUGUCCCCGGAGCCAAAUCGUUUACAUUUCAUGGUUUAGUGAGAAGGGACGAUGUAUCUUUGGAAAAUCUAAUUUGUGAAUGAAAAGUGUAUUUGAACGUCACCCCCCGGUAUUUUCCAAGUUGAUAGAAUGGUGUAAUCACGUGCAAGCCUGAAAAGUUAGAAAAGGAGUCUUUGUAUUCAGCAGGAAGAUAGGCAGUGCGUUGUUGGGUUCCACGAAGGCUUUGGAUGUGCGGUAGUUUCCCAUUGCUUGGCUUUGGAAAUUGUUUCUAUUUCGACGUCCUGGAUCUCGACGCGGAAACGGCUUUCACUUAUCAAUCUUGACAGUCUCGUUAUACGCGAUGUUGGCGUGUUGAGCCGCACGGGGCUGAUUGGGUUACUUGGCGUGUGAUCCUGCUCUUUUUUUGCAGAAGUGAUUGUGAUGCUAUAGGAGUUGUGCCCGAAUGUUGAUUUUUCAAGUUAGCAGUGCGUGAAAUUGUGGAUUUUCCCCAUCUGGAUAUUCUAUCGGCCGUGCCUGCUUUCGGUGACGGAUUCAUUACACAGAGAAUUUCUUUGGUGGUUGAAGCACGAAUUGCACGAGAAGACUGCGGUUGUAUUUGAUUGCUUAGAGAGAAGAUAUUCAACAUGAGAUGAUAAUUAUUUAAAAUGGCAAAGCCAAUUCAACAACUGCCAACACCAGAAGUGGAUCACAAUUGCAAUUAACGUAGCAAACUACUCCUUCCAGCGGUGGCACAAAACAAUCGAUAAUAACUCCUGUUUGGAAUAAAGAUGUACUGUACUUGUGGCCAUGGCUCGGUGAAUAAUCGAUGGACACGUUCCGCUCAAAAUGUGAACUACGCCACAGCCUGCAAUUGCACCUGUUACUCCCAGCCACAGAGCCUACACUAUCAUAGUUGUCCUCAAAUUCCAAACACCUAUCGACAACAUUGUUCCUGCUUCCAAACCCCACCAGUUUAUCAAUGUACUCAUACCCAAAAUGUCCUUCCGUGACAAUGUUACUAUUGUACCUGUAGCAAAUCCCUUAACGAUCCAAAUUCCUUUAGUCAAUAUCGUUAUUUCGGUGGUCGCCCACCAGCCACCCUUUGGUGGACAUCUUGCCCACGACUGUCUUCCAUUCAAGCAACAACAUCGUCGUCGACUAAAUCUUGUUCCCAGCAGGAUACGAAAACUUAUCAAGCACAGUCGAGCGUAAAAUCGGGAUUGACUACAACUUCGACUGCCCAACAGACUGAUUUGCCGCAGAAUAUUCAGACGCAAACGGACGAAAUGUUGCCAUCUCAGGACGGGUAUGCGUCAUCUCAGGUAUCGAAUUCUCCUGUCCCGGAACCACCCCCGCCGCCCGGAUCAAUGCAGCAAAUGCAACCAAACGUCGUCCCGCCUGCACUUAGAUCGAUAUCGUUUUCGGAUACAAACUAUCAGCGGCUUUACUGCAAUUGUUCCUGUAAUGUAGCCAAUAGCAAUUAUGCAACCCUGACCAGACAGGACACUAAUAGCCACUAUCAUUCCAGCAUACAUCAGAACGGAAGCUAUGCUACAGGUUAUUCAGGUUAUGACGGUCGCAAUCGCCUUACCGACGAGGAGGACUCAGCUUGUCCGGCACUUCUUGAACGAGAAUUCCACUCCCUCCAUCGAAACGUGCCCGCCUUGCGACGUGCCGGUGUCGACACAAAUGCCAUUAGACAGCAUUUCUAUCCGGAUGGAGGCUGGGGCUGGAUCAUAUGUGGGGUUGCAUUCCUGGCCCAUGUACUAACGUCGGGAUUGCAGCUCUCGUACGGACUGCUCAUGCUGUAUGCCAUGAAACACCUCGGAAUGGAAGUCGCAACUGAAACAGGUUGGUUGGGUGCUGUGAGCUGGUCGGUGUCGCUGGUAUCCUCGCCAAUUAUCAUCGCCCUGUGCCGCAGAAAAUCGACACGUUUAACAGCUGUCCUCGGUGGAUUAGUGCUUGCCCUCGGAAUGCUCUUUGCAUCGUUUGCCACGCAAUUUAACCAGGUUGCCUUCAGUUAUGGUAUUGUUUUGGGGGUUGGAUCGUCAAUGGUGCGAGAAUCAUCAACGGUAAUGUUGGGCCAUUACUUUAAAAGACGUCGACAAUUUGUUGAGAUGAUAACGAUGUCGGGCGAAGGUGUAGGAAUUGCCUUAUUUUCCGUAAUUUUAAAGGAAGGCGUUGGGAAGAUGGGAUGGCGGCUAGGACUCCAAGCCAUCACAGGAUUCAUUUCGUUUAGCUUCUUUAUGGGCCUUUUGUAUCGUCCUGCGUCACUUUAUCAUCCCCAACGGAGGGCUAUCCAACACUUGAAAAACCAACGAAAAAAGGUAAAGGAGAAAAAGACACACGUGAGAACACCAAAACCGCCUUUCAUAGACUUUACACCUUUGAAAUCAUCGACCGUGCGGAUGCUCAUCAUCACAUCAUCCAUAUCAGCCUUUGGAAUAUAUUCACCAAUUUUUUUCAUGUCGCUUCACGGCUACCAGGAAGAUUACGACGUUCAGGAUCUAGUCCUUUUGCAGACCUUCUUAGGCCUAUCGAUAGCACUUGGUAUCGUGUCGGGUGGAUCGAUCAUAAAUAAAACAUGUCGUCUUGGCUAUAAGGACAUCAAUAUAUCGACGCAAUAUGUAUGUCAGAUAUCGAUAGUAAUAACAUCAUUAUCAACACUAAUCCUGUCGGCUGUGUUUGGGUUCAGAAAUCUCUGCAUCCUGUCGUGGACCUAUGGAAUUGGUCUAGGUGGUUUCCGGUAUACAUUGAAAAUGCUUGCCCUGGAACGAGUGAGAACUAAAUAUUUCACAAAAGCCUGGGGUUUCAUAAAAGGUGCAGAAUCAAUCCCGGUACUAAUUGGAGUCCCGCUCACGGCAUUCCUUAAUGACUCGUCCUCGGCGAAGUACGGACGAGCCGGCUACUACAUUAGCUCCGCUGCGGCGGCAAUAGCUGCCAUUCUCAUGUUCUUCAUCGGCUACCCAUCGGGUGGAAGACAGAAUGUAUCUAAAUUCUCAGGGAAUGGAUCGAUAACAUCCCAUUGUACAGCUAUGACAAGUGAUUGUCCCGAUUUGCUGAAUCGAAGCUACUCAAAUAUGGGACGAUGCGGACAUUGGUACAGUCCUUAUACAGCACUCAGUAACGGCGGUGUUUGUGGAACGCUAAGUCAUCAUCAACAGACCCAUCUUCACCCCCACCAUCAUCCCCAUACUCUAGCGCAUCAUCAUCAACAUCGACUUCUACAUCAAUCGCCGUAUGCAAAUCAUUUCCGUCAUAAUUUAUUAAACGGCACCACUGGAGGGGGUGGUUUGGUAGCAAACGCUGGUGCAGGUUCCGUAAGCGGUAGCGCACAAGUCCCGACGGUUGGGUGUUAUGUGGGAGCCCAAUGUUCAUAUGGAGAUGCAGUUGAAAGUAAUCCGCUGGGAGUUGGUUUCGGUGCUGGAUUGAUUGGAGGAAGUGUAGGACGACAGCAGGGACGUCGAUUACAGAAAAGUUUAUCGUUUGCAUUCCCGCCACGCGAAACAUACGUUCGUGGUGAUUGUUCUCAACCAUAUGCAUCGAAUCGAUGUUAUUCAAGAUGUGAAACACCGACGCACUCAAUCCCCCAAACAAUCUACCACACAAUGCAACCAUCACGUAGUCGUAGCGUUCCAGAAGGAUUGUCAUACACGUCACAAUACUGUACCUGCCCAUGGAAUCAAGCAAUCACUCAGCCAUCAUCGUACAAUGAUACCUACAACAGGUACCAUCGGUCAACGGCAUCAAUGGCGCGACCAAUCCAAGUUGUUGAGCAAAUGACCACGUCAGUUUGACUAACGUUAGCAAUCGAACUUAUACUUAAACUAGCUCUAAUUCUUCUAAUUCCAAUGUUAUUUUGUUUUUAAACGGAAAAUUAAAUUUAGGUGUAUUCGCAAGGAUCAAAGCAUAGGAGAGAACCACAGAAUCAAAAUCAAGUAACUACGAGUAAUAUUAGACAUUUCAAAUGGAAUUGAGAAUUCAACGUUAUUUUUAAAUCCUGAAACCAAUGUCUCUUUUAUUGAGAUGAAUUACGAUUAACUGAAUGAAAUCCCUGAAAUCCUGUUUCAAAACCAAUUCAAAAUAUAACGUGAAUAGCCAUAAUUGGAUUACGUUCCCAAAUCACGAGUAAAUCACGCUGAAAAGAGUAUUACCAGUGAAUGUGUUCAAACAAAGCACAAAAUAUAAUUAGCGAAAAUCCGAAAAAAAAUCAAACAAUUUUUAAAAAACCGACAUUUAAGCGAAAGCGAUUUAAUGGUAAAUUAAGGAAAAUUUAUAUAUAACUUGUUGAUUAAAUUAUUAUUAUUUAUAAAUGUUUUCUUGAACGAAUGAUAACGUCAUGAUUUGAUGAGAAUUGUAGAACCAAUAA